AUGAGUGUGCCAGCCGACGAGCCGGGCAACCCGGCCCAUGCCAUCUUUGAGAGAUUCCUGCAUGCCGGGGAGUGCCAGGAGGUGCUGGGCUGCUUUGGGGAGCUGUGCCAGCAGCUGGGGCUGCAGGGCAGUGGGCUGCAGCUCUACCAUGGCCUCAAGGCUGCCCUCAACUACUGGAGUGCCAAGGCCCUGUGGAGCAAGCUGGAUAAGAAAGCCGGGCACAAGGACUAUGACCAGGGCACAGCCUGUGCCAGCACCAAGUGCCUGGUGGUGGGGGCCGGCCCCUGCGGGCUGCGGGUGGCCAUCGAGCUUGCGUUCCUGGGUGCCCACGUGGUGCUGCUGGAGAAGCGGGACUCCUUCUCCCGCAACAAUGUCCUGCACCUCUGGCCUUUCACCAUCCACGACCUGCGGGCGCUGGGCGCCAAGAAGUUUUAUGGGCGCUUCUGCACUGGCACACUGGACCACAUCAGUGAGUUUGGGGGGGGGACCAAGCUCUGCACCGUUGGGGUCCCCUCACUGUGGGGAGCCCAGGCUCCAAUCAACGUGCAGUUCAAGGGCCUCAUCCCCCCCGCAGGCCAGGCAAGCGGCCAGGGUGGCUGGCGGGCUGUGCUGCAGCCUGGCUCCUCUCCCCUCAGCCACUAUGAGUUCGACGUCCUCAUCUCAGCUGGUGGCGGCAAAUUUGUCCCUGAAGGGUUCAAGCGGAAGGAGACACGGGGGAAGCUGGCUAUCGGCAUCACCACCAACUUCAUCAACCGCCACAGCCGGGCUGAGGUGGAGGUGGCUGAGAUCAGUGGUGUGGCCCGAAUCUACAACCAGAAGUUCUUCCAAAACCUCUACAACAAAACGGGCAUUGACCUGGAAAACAUCGUCUACUACAAGGACGACACUCACUAUUUCGUCAUGACAGCCAAGAAGCAGAGCCUGCUCAAGAAGGGGGUUAUCCUCCAGGACAAAGCAGACAUUGAGAGCCUCCUGUCCCCGGAGAAUGUGAACCAGGAUGCCCUCCUCAGCUAUGCCAAAGAAGCUGCCAACUUCUCCACUAACUACCGCCUGCCUGAGCUGGAGUUUGCCCUCAAUCACCGGGACCUGCCAGACGUCGACAUGUUUGACUUCACCUGCAUGACGCGCUCGGAGAACGCAGCGCUGGUGCGGGAGCACAACGGGGCCCGUCUGCUCCUCGGGCUGGUGGGCGACUGCUUGGUGGAGCCCUUCUGGCCACUGGGCACCGGUGUGGCCAGGGGCUUCCUCGCUGCCUUUGACGCAGCAUGGAUGGUGCGGCGGUGGGCAGCCAGGACCCCCCCACUGGAGGUGCUGGCCGAGAGGGAGAGCAUCUACCAGCACCUCUCACAGACCUCCCCGGACAACACCAACAAGAACAUCAGCCAGUACAGCAUUGACCCAACCACGCGCUACCCCAACAUCAACCUGCAGGCCAUCAAAGCCAGCCAGGUCCGGGACCUCUACCUCGUGGGCAUGGUGGAGGUGGACCACAAGAGGAAGAGCGACAACCGGCUCAGCACUGCGAUCUCCGGAGACACCUACGAAGAGCUGCUGAGCUGGUGCCAGGCCAGCACAGCCGGGUACCGCGGUGUGGAGGUGACCAACUUCACCACCUCCUGGAGCAGCGGCUUGGCCCUCUGUGCCCUCGUCCACCACUUCCGCCCCGACCUGGUGGACUUUGACUCUGUGGACCCUCAGGAUCCCAUCCGGACCCACCAGAUGAUUCUGGACAUGGCAGAGCAGGAGCUGGGCAUCCAGCCCGUCCUCUCCAGUGCUGAGAUGGCCACCAUGGCAGACCCCAGCCGCCUGGGGCUCAUCACCUACCUCAGCCAGUUUUAUGAAGCUUUCAGGACCUCUCCAGAGGUGGAGGAGGUCAGCAAGAAUCCACUCUCUCCCCGGGGCACGCGAGGGGCUAUCCUCUUCCUCAGCAAGCUGCAGAAGAGCCGUAAUGUGACACACAAGCGUGCCCAGGACAGUGCCCAGAAGGAUGCUGAGGCCAAGAGGAGCCGCAGGGACACCGAGCUGGAUGCGGGGCUGGAUGGAGACACUCUGGAUGGUGCCCAUGAGCCGCCGCAAACUGCCACGAUGGACCCAGGGCAGCCACCAACCCGCGGGGAGAGCAGUGACGCCUGCUACUUCUGUGGCCACCGUGUCUACAUCCUGGAGCGAGCCAGCGCCGAGGGACACUUCUUCCACCGCAGCUGCUUCCAGUGCUGGCAGUGUGGGGCCACCCUGCGCCUGGGUGACUACACCUUUGACGAGGAGGACGGUCAUUUUUACUGCUCACUUCACUACCCCAAUCCACCCAGCAUGGACCUGCCCCAGGACAAGCCCCCAGCACUGCCCGAUGGGGAUGCCGCUGCCACCCACCUGUCCUCAGAUGCUGGGAGCCUGUGUGUGUCCCCCAGGGAGGGGGUAUCCAGUCCCCUGCAGCCCCCACCAGCAGCCCCAUGGCCGGGGGGAGAGCCUGGGGCAGCGGAGGAUGCUGCAGAUGCUGGUGACAUGGAGGAGCAGGAGCUGCCGGCACAGCCCAGGGGGGAUGCAAGGGAGGAGGAGGGUCCUGGACCGGAGCCCCAAGGGAUGGCAGAGGAGGGUGAGGAGAGCAGGGGCAGGAGGAGGAUCGUCCUCACGCCCCUGGAGAAGCUCAAUCUGUCCACGCUGAACUUCACCAGCGAAGCAGAGCCUGAGCCGCCACCAAAGCCAGCUCGUCUGCGGCUCCAAGCAGCACCCAAGGCCCUCCCUGCCCUGUGGCAGGGACAAGGUGCCUGGGAGGAGGAGCAAAUGGCCAUGGAGGAAGCUUUGGAGGAGAGUUACAGUGAGGAAGAGGAGGAGAAAGAGGAAGGCGCAGACUUUGGCAUCAUGGCAGAGUUGUGCCUGGACCUUGGAGAAGAAGAGAAAUACCCCACCUGGAAGCGCACACUGACCCGCCGGGCCAGGGAAGCCCAGAUGAAGCGGUUCUGCAAAGCCCAGGCCAUCCAGAGGCGACUGGAGGAGAUCGAGGUGACAUUCCGGGAGCUGGAGCAGCAGGGCAUCAAACUGGAGAAGUUACUCCGAGAUGAGGACGGCACCCCAGCCGACCAGAAGACGCAGUGGAUGAACCAGCUGCUCUACCUGGUCCAGAAGAAGAACAGCCUGAUGUCCGAGGAGUCAGACCUCAUGAUUGCGGUGCAGGAGCUGAAGCUGGAGGAGCAGCAGUGGCAGCUCGACCAGAAGCUCCGGUGCUACAUGAACAGGGAGGAAUCCCUGAAGACACCGGAGGAUCGCGUGGCCGAGCAGGAGAUCCUGGUGCAGCUGCUGGAGGUAGUGAACAAGCGCAAUGUCCUCAUCCACAUCCAGGAGGAGAAGCGGCUCAGCGAGCUGCGGGCCUGA